GACCCUGCGAGGAUGUGGGGCUGUCGACUGAGACAGGUGCUCUGCAGCUUCCACCAGCAGCUGAAGAAAGGUUUCAGGAUUCUCCCAGCUUCGACCCACGGGCAUCACACAGUCCCCACCUCACCCAGCUGUGCCUGGCAGUUAAAAGAUGGUCACCUAGAGGUGAAAUACAGGGACACCCUCAUGCGCUUCGAUUACAUUUGGCUUCGGGACCACUGCCGCUCGCCGUCUUGCUACAACACCAAGACCAACCAACGCAGUCUGGAUACGGCGAGUGUGGACCUCACAAUCAAGCCCCAGGUGGUGCGAGUCGAUGAAGCCACUCUCUUUGUCACCUGGCCGGAUGGCCACGUGACCAAGUAUGGCCUGGAAUGGCUGCUGAAGAACAGCUACGAGGGACAGAAGCAGCAGAUCAUGCAGCCCCGGAUGCUGUGGAACGCCGAAAUUUACCAGGCAGCUCAAGUGCCUUCCGUGAACUACCACAGCUUCUUGGAAACCAACGAGGGACUGAGGGAAUUUCUGCAGAACUUCCUGCUGUACGGCAUUGCCUUCGUGGAAGACGUUCCUCCCACCAAGGAAGACACGGAGAUCAUAGCGGAGAGGAUCAGCUUGAUCAGAGAAACCAUUUACGGCAGGAUGUGGUAUUUCACCUCUGACUUUUCCCGAGGAGACACCGCUUACACCAAACUGGCUUUGGACCGUCAUACAGAUACCACUUACUUUCAGGAACCUUGUGGCAUCCAGGUACUCCAUUGCCUGAGGCAUGAAGGGACAGGGGGCAGAACACUCCUGGUGGAUGGCUUCUACGCAGCAGAGCAAGUCCUACAGCAAUCCCCAGAAGACUUUGACCUUCUCACAAAGGUGCCGCUGAAGCACGAAUACAUCGAGAACAUGGGAAGCUGCCACAACCACAUGAUUGGGGUUGGACCUGUCUUGAAUAUCUACCCCUGGAACAAGGAGCUCUACCUGAUCAGGUACAAUAAUUACGACCGAGCUGUCAUUAACACAGUGCCUCAUGACACUGUGCACCGUUGGUACAUUGCGCACCGCACACUCACUGCUGAGCUACGGAGGCCAGAAAACGAGCUCUGGGUCAAACUGAAACCGGGCAAAGCCCUCUUUGUGGACAAUUGGCGAGUGCUGCAUGGCCGAGAAUCUUUCACAGGAUAUCGCCAGCUUUGUGGUUGCUACCUCACCAGAGAUGACGUGCUAAACACAGCCCGUUUCCUUGGACUUCAAGCCUAAGGUGGCUGGGGCUUCUGAUACUCUGGAGCUACUGAUUCAGGAAUGGGAGAGAA